CAGCCAUUUUGCCAGAAUUUUGUCUCGUCGGUCAUUUGACGUUUAGAGAAAAAUUCUGAUAAUUGUUAGUUUUCAACACUAUUAUAUACACUUAAAUGUAAAGUGGAUAUAUAAGUAAUCCUAAAACAUGGCUCGUUACAGUCAAAGACCCGAAAACGCUUUAAAGCGUGCCAACGAAUUCAUUGAAGUCGGAAAGCCGGCUAGAGCUCUCGAUACGUUGCAAGAAGUAUUCCGGAAUAAAAAAUGGGCCUACAAUUGGUCGGAGUCGAUAUUGGAACCGAUAAUGUUCAAAUAUCUGGACCUCUGCGUGGAACUGAAAAAAUCCCACAUUGCCAAGGAAGGUCUAUUCCAAUACAGGAAUAUGUUUCAAACUGUGAAUGUAGGUUCUCUAGAAAACGUUAUAAGAGGAUAUUUACGAAUGGCCGAAGAAAAGACUGAAAAUGCCAGGGAGCAGUCGGCUCAGGCCGUUAUCGAUAUUGACGAUUUAGAUAACUUAGCCACUCCUGAAAGUAUUUUAUUGAGCGCUGUGUCAGGAGAAGAUGCCCAAGAUCGUUCCGAUCGUACCAUAUUAACACCGUGGGUUAAAUUCUUAUGGGAAUCAUAUUGCCAAUGUUUGGAACUUCUACGUACCAACGCUCACGUAGAGAACCUCUAUCACGACAUCGCUAGAAUGGCUUUUCAAUUCUGUUUAAAAUACAACAGAAAAACCGAGUUCAGAAAACUUUGCGAUAAACUUAGGAAACAUCUCGAGGACAUUUGCAAGCUACCCGCUCAAGUAGCAGCGAACGUUUCGAUGUCCAAACCUGAAACGCAGCAACUCAAUCUCGAGACGAGACUGCACCAGCUCGACUUUGCCAUACAAAUGGAAUUGUGGCAGGAAGCUUACAAAGCGAUUGAGGAUAUCCACAACUUGAUGAACUUGUCGAAGAAAAGCCCUGUACCCAAAACUAUGGCGAAUUAUUACCAAAAAUUGGCCAUGGUAUUUUGGAAAGCUGGCAAUUACUUGUUCCACGCCGCUGCUCUAUUCAAGCUCUUCCAGUUGUCUAAAGAAAUGAAGAAGAACAUCACCAGCGAGGAAUUGCAGAGAAUGGCCUGUAGACUUCUAAUUUCUACGCUCGCUAUUCCUUUGCCUUCGGCUCAUCCGGAAUUCGAUAGAUUCAUCGAAACGGACAAGUCGCCUCUGGAGAAAGCUCAGCGUUUAGCCGUUCUACUGGGCUUGUUCCAACCACCCACUAGAGCAAGCCUACUCAAAGAUCUUGUUCGUAUAAACGUCGUCAACUUGGCAAGCCCUCAAUUGCAAGAGCUCUACAAUUGGCUGGAGGUCGAAUUCCAUCCUCUUCUCCUCUGCCAACGUGUACACGAAGUCAUCAAAUCCUUAGAAGCCGAUGACAAUUCGAUUCUACAACAGUAUAUUCCCGCCUUGCAGGACGUUACGCUGGUCCGUUUGGUUAGACAAACGGCCCAAGUGUACCAGACCAUCGAGUUCGCGAGAUUAUUGGAAAUCGCGAAAUUUACUACGCCGUUUCAUUUGGAAAGACUCCUCGUCGAUUGCGUGCGACAUAACGACAUGCAAAUACGAAUUGAUCACGGGAAAAGUUGCAUACAUUUCGGUAUGGAUUUGAGCGAGAGCCAGAGAGAGGACAAACCUGAAGGGCCGACUUUGCAAGUCAUGCCCAGCGAGCAAGUCAGGAAUCAACUCGUCAACAUGUCUACUGUUCUCAAUCAAGCUACGCAUAUUAUCAAUCCCAACAAAAAGAAGUUGGAGAGAGAGAAGCUUCGUGUGGCCAUGGUUCAGAAUUACCACGAAACGAAAGUCAGAGAACACCAAAAGAUACUGCAGCGACACAAGAUCAUCGAGGACAGAAAAGAGUACAUCGAACGAUUGAAUACCGUUCGCGAAGAAGAGGAACAGAAGAAAUUGGAAGAGAUGCAAAGACAGCACAUUCUCGCCGAACAAAAGCGUUUGGAGCAAGAGCGAGAAGAGCGCGAAAGAAAGCGAGCCCUAAACGAAAUCCAGCAAAUCAAAGACAGGCAUCUGAAGGAGAAAUUGCAGCAAAUUAGCCAAACUGGACACGGACAGAAGAUUCUUAAGAAGCUAGACGAGGAUGAUAUAAAGAAAUUGGAUGCGGAUCAAAUAGCGGCCAAGGAAGCGGAGGAAUUGCAAAAGGAGCGCCGCGAGCUCCAAGCCAAGUUGAAAUCGCAAGAGAAGAAAGUGGAUUACUUUGAACGCGCCAAACGCUUGGAGGAGAUCCCGCUGCUGCAAGCCAGCAUGAAGGAAAGGCAAUUGCAGGAUCAGAACUUCUGGGAGCAACAGGAAAAGGAAAGGAUCGCCGCGGCGAUCGAAGAGCGCAAACUGGCCGUCGCCACCAGGGACAGGCUGUUGCGCAUGAAGGCCGAUAAGGACGAGUUCCUCAACAAAUUGAAGAACGAGAGGAACAUCGUGUACGAAGAUAAGCUCAAGGAGUUCGAAGCCCUGUUGUCCGAGACUAGAAUUAAGAGAUUGCACGAAAGGAAAGUAGCUAGGAAGGAGGAGAGGCGCAUGACGUACCUCAAAGAAAAGCAGGAGGAGGCGGAACGGCGCGAGGAAGAGCGAAUACGUCGCGAAGAAGAAGAACAACUGAGAAGGGAAGAAGAAGAGCGUCGAGAACGCGAAGAGAAGGAACGCGUGCAGAAAGAGGAGCAAGAAAAGAUAGAAAAAGAAAAACAGGAGAUGCUAAAUAGAACCAGCAAGAUACAAAAGGAGAGAUUGGAGGAGAUCGAACGGAAAUUGGCGAAGGAAAAGGAAAUGACGUUCGAGAGACCGUCCAAAGAAGCUUCGUCGUGGCGAAAGGGCGAAACUAAACGAGAACCUCGAGAUUCUUCGUGGAGGACCGACGAACCACCUAAAAAAGCGGAAGCUUGGAAACCUUCACGUUUCCGCGGCAGCAACAAUCCUCCCGAUGAAGCUUCGAAAGGAGACAGCUGGAGGAACGAGGAGAAAAGAGAAGAGGGAAGAGGAGAGAGACCCGACGAAAAGAAAUUCGAGCGUCGCGACUUCGGCAGAGACAGGGAGCCGCGCGAAAGAUUCGGCGAUAGGGAGAACAAAGGAUUUUCCAGGGAUAACAGAGAGCGCAGGGACGAUAGAGAACGCAGAGAUGAUAGAGAUCGUAGAGAUGAUAGAGAUCGUAGAGACGAGGGAGAGCGUAGAGGCGAAAGGGAUCGCAAAGACGACAAGAAAGGCGAGGAGAGUUCGUGGCGCAAUAUGAGAUCUGCUCCGAGGAACGAUGAUGAUCGUAGAUCGACACCAGCUAGGGGAUCGGAGAAUGCAUGGCGGUCUAGUAAGGACAACGAUCGUAAGGAUGAUUCGAAAAGGGAGGAAAGGCGUCCUCAAAUGACCAGAGAAAAACCUGCUCAGCCCGAAGUCGAAGACGGUUGGUCCCAAGUAUCUGGAAAGAGACGUUGAACGCCGAAAUGCGUAUGUUAAAUCAAAAAUAUAACCAUUGCUUUUAAUUACAGGUUACAGAUUUUGGGAGAAGUUGAUUUAAUAAUAAUUAUGUUUAAAUGCAUCUAAAGGCGUUUAUUUAAGAUAACGCUAUGUAGUAGAUAACAUUUUUAUUAAUAAAUUGUCUAGUAAAUU